CAUUCAUAUAGUUCUAUCACGUGCACGUGUAUACGCACGUUGACAACCGUAACCAUAGCGUGCCGAGGGUAUAUAAACACUGCACAAGGUUCCAAUCGUCCCUUUACACUUGCUCGUGGACUUGUUUCGACCUGCUCCAACCUCAGCCUGUGGAAAGCUAAGUUUUGCAAAACAUUUUACUGAAAGCGGACUUUACUUGAAAGCGACAACAAGUACUUCAUCUGUGGAUCGUUUGUACUUGUUUUUGUUUUUCAAGUUUGAAGAUGGCUCGCCGUGGACCCCGACUCAUCGACAGCCACCUGGACUUCGCUGCAGAAGAAGGCCUUCCCGAAGUCAUCAGGAUCCUGGAUGACAGUCUCCAGAGCCCCACCUCUUCUGGUGAAGCUCAGGACACUGAUACCCAGCGUAUCAGUGAAGGUGAGUAUGGUGAGUAUUUUCCCACUCUCUCACCCUCCUCCUCUUCUGAUGAAGCUCAGGACACUGAUACCCAGCGUAUCAGUGAAGGUGAGUAUGCUCCUUCCUCACCUCUCUCAUCUGCUUCCUCAGAUGCUUCCUCUGCUGCUCCUUCCUCACCUGCUCUCUCAUCUGCUUCCUCAGAUGCUUCCUCUGCUGCUCCUUCCUCACCUGCUCUCUCAUCUGCUUCCUCAGAUAUGCUCCCUCUGCUGCUCCUUCCUCAGCAAAGAGAAGCAGAGAAGACAUCUACACCGAAGAGGUAA